AUGAGCGACGAGAUCCAGUUCCGUGCCGGGAUGGCUCAAUACGAUGAGGCGAGUGGCUUGUGCACUGCGCUGCCCGCACAGGGUCGCAUUACGAUGCGGCCCAACGACGAGGAGCAAAGUCUAGGGUUCUGGGACUUCGAGUGGCGCCCCACUGGGACCACGGGGGAACCCAUCCAGUUGAUCCUGAUCCCAGGGGAGACGCACUGGGUGCCACUGCGGUCGUGCAAGACUGGGCGGGUGUUCUGCCUCGUGUUCUCGUCCAACGAGAAGUACUUCUUCUGGCUGCAGGAGAAGAACAAGGCCGGGCUGGCGCCCGGCAAGUGGUCCCCCGCGGACCUGGCGCUGUACGACCGCAUCAAGAAACUGCUGGCGUUUGCUGACGAGGACGAGGACGAAGACGAGAGCGAGAAGAAGAGCAGCGGUGAUGAUGACGACGCUGGGAACGACAGCGAGAAGAACAACGAUGUCAUCAUGGCGGACGCAGCAGCGUAG